AUGGCCACGUUCUGCAUGCAGACGCUCGGCUGCGAAGUUUCCGCCAUACAUACCGUCAAUUAUAGCAACCACGUAGGCUACAGACGAUUUAAGGGGCGCAAAUCACAACCAGAGGAGCUCGCAGAAUUAUGGGAUGGUCUCAAAAAUGCUCGCCUUGAUGGCUUCGACGUACUCUUGUCCGGCUACUGCCCUUCAUCUGCCACGGCGGAGCAAGUCGGCAGGAUAGCACGUGAGCUCAAGAGCCGGUCGCGCACGAAGCCUGGCUCUUUCUUCUGGGUACUCGAUCCGGUCAUGGGCGACAAUGGUAGGAUAUACGUGGCAGAAGACACAGUGCCUGUAUACAAGAGUCUGUUGAAGGAUGCGGAUCUCAUACUACCGAAUCAAUUCGAGGCAGAGCUCUUGUCCGAGGUCAAGAUACAUGAUCUGGCCAGUAUGAAGCGGGCGAUAACAAAACUUCACAAGGACUAUCGAGUACCGCACGUCAUCAUCACAAGUAUACGACUACCUGCUACAUCGUCGAACACGCCAAUUCAGGUCGAGGAGGAUCUAUCCGCGAGCGCGAAGCUGACUAUCAUCGGAUCCACGGCAACAGAUGACAUGGAGCCCCGACUCUUCCGGAUCACUGUCGAUGCUCUUCCUGUCUUCUUCUCCGGCACUGGUGAUAUGUUUGCUUCUCUCAUGGUAGCGCGACUACGACAAGCUGCGCAGGAUGCGGAUGUGCUGGGUCGAGCGAGCUGGAGAAGUCCUGAUGAUGUGCAAGCCACCGACCUGCCUUUGGCGAAAGCUGCAGAAAAGGUCCUGGCUAGUAUGCAUGCUGUUUUGAAAGACACAGCUGCUCACUACGACGCUGCCACGGAGAGACUAAAGGCCGAGCAGGACGGCGCAUUGAAUGAAGGCAAAGGAGAAGAAGCCGAGGCGGAGAAGGCUACGCAACGGCACCUCUCGCUGACCAGGGCAGCAGAGGUCCGAGUCGUGCGUAACAUUCCAGUGCUGUUAUCGCCACCAGAUAUGGAGUGCUUCAAGGCACAACAUGUAACGAUACAUGAGAAUCAUGGUUGA